AUGCCAAGGAAAAGUAAGAGGUCACAGGUUGCAAGCCAGCGCUGGCAGAGGUUUCAUGACAUUGACCAUGUAAGUACUGGACAAGCAGAUGGUAUUCCUCAGAGCAGUGGAGAGGUCAAGAGGUCUGAAGUAUCUGAUGCUGUGAAACAGGGAGGUCAAAGUGCGUCAUGUCAACCACAGGUAUCUCAUGCAGACAUGCUUAAGAGGAGACGUUUAAGUGAGUCACCUGCAGCAGGUCCGUCUAACUCUGAACAGGUAAACCACAGAGGUGAAACUAAUGAUCCAGGUGUACAACAGGUAACAUAUGCAGACAUGUUGAAGAGAAAACUUCCUAGUGUGUCAUGCACUCCCAGUCCAUCCAACUCUGGACAGAUAAACCGCGUAACCCAAACUGACAAGCCAUUUUCAACCCAGGUAUCACAUACAGACACUGUUAAAAGGGGAAACCACAGUAAUUAUCAGUCUGUAUCAGGCUCUUCUCGGGUAAGAAAUGUGAACGUUGUUAGUGAUUCAGGUGAACAAAGUGUCUGUGCGUCACGCAGCCAAGCGUCUCUGAAAUACGGCCAAUCCAGAAACCAGCAGUGCACCUGUAACUCACUGACAUUUCUAGCAUUCCUGUAUGAGAGCGAACACAUCACCAGAGCAGACCUGGACCGUGUUUUGGAUAAAGGUGAUGUGAUGUACAGAGAAGUCAGAAAAACUGUUCGUGAUCACAACUUUCUGACAACCGAUGAGCUCCCUCACCAGGUUCCUGCACGCAGACACACGCAGAGUGUUGACAUGUUACAGCUGUCUAGAUACGGUACGUUUGGAGAUCCGGAUCCCGGAGCUGUUGAUACCUUUCUGGACCUCGUUUCAGGACUGAGCUGCUUAUUAUCAGAUGUGCAGUAUGCUUUGCUGUUAAUGACUUCACUGUGCAUUGCAGUUUUCAGAACCAGAGAUGGCAGGUACGGUUUCUUUGACCCACAUGCUAGGACAGCUAACGGUUUGCCUCUGCUUCAGGCCACACCUACUCCUGGUACUGCUGUCAUGGUAACAUUCACACGCCUCAGUGACAUGAUUGCCAGGCUCAUCAGGUAUCACCACAUAUUGGACACAGCAGCGUCCUGUCGCUAUGAGCUUAAGCCAGUUGCUUUCCCUGCCAGAGAAAGUCCGUCUGCUCUACAGAUGAACACCGAUGUCCAUGGAAACACUGAAUGUGACAUGGAAACUGAACCAGAACCACUGAUCGACUUCAGCCAGUGUUCUGUCACAUCAGCUGGACCUGACUCUCUUGCUCCAGAGAUGAACACUACUGUACGUGAUGACUCUCAUGACACAUCACAGAAUGUCUCAACCCUGACGGAAAAACAAGCUCAUCAACAAGGUCAGAUCAGCAAUAAUUCUGUCACAUUAAAGGAAACUCAGGAGAUUCAAUCAAAUUUGACUCAACCAUUAAUAAAUAUACCUGUUGCCAGUGACAAUGUCCUUCAUGACAUCUCCAUUAAGCUGUCAAAACUGAACAAAGAACAAAGGAAAAAAUAUAAGAGGAGACUAAUGGCCUCUGAAAAGACAUCACAAGGGAAAGAGGAUAAAAAAAUGAAAGAGAGAAAAAAGUAUGCUAAGGAUGAAACAUACAAAGCAAAGAAAAAGUCUUAUUCAAGUGAGAAAUAUUCUGUCAAUCCUGAAAUACAGACAAAGAAAAGACAAAAAAUCACAACUAAAUACAGGGAAAGCACAGACUUCAGACUGAAGCAAAAAUUAGGUAUAACAAGAAAAUACAGAGAAAAUGUUGAAUUCAAAGGCAGACAAAAAGAAUAUAUCACAAAAAAAUACAGAGAAAACGUUGACUUCAAAGGCAGACAAAAAGACUAUAUCACUAAAAAAUACAGAGAAAACGUUGACUUCAAAGGCAGACAAAAAGACUAUAUCACUAAAAAAUACAGGGAAAAUGUUGAUUUUAAAGGCAGACAAAAAGACUACAUCACUAAAAAAUACAGAGAAAAUGUUGAUUUUAAAGGCAGACAAAAAGACUACAUCACUAAAAAAUACAGAGAAAAUGUUGAUUUUAAAGGCAGACAAAAAGAAUAUAUCAGGAGAAAAUACUCAGAGGACGUUAAUUUCAGGCAAAGACAGCGAUUAUAUGUCAAUUAUCGAUAUGCAAAUGAUGAAAUAUUCCAUCAGCGACACAGACAACUGAUGAGACAAAUAAUGCGAGACAG